UUACUGAUAAACAGUGGAUGGAUUCUGACUGAGCUCAGAGUCAUGACAAGACGAUGUGUGAUCUUCCUGCUCAUCUCAGGUUGGUGUCAUGUCCACACCGAUUACAUCAUCAGGCGUUUUCAUGCCAUUGACCAGAAGAAGACCUGGGACCAAGCUCAGAGUUACUGCAGAGACGAGUUCGAUGACCUCGCCACCAUCCAGGACCAGACUCACAAUGCCGACGCCCAGCAGGUGGCUGGAAACGGGAAGUUCUGGAUCGGACUCUACAGCAGCUGGACAUGGUCCCAGGACGACGAGGACGCUCAGCUUGAAAGCAACUUCACCAGCUGGGACUCGAACGAGCCAAAAGACGAGAGGUGUGUGACCAUCUCUUCACUCGGAGUCUGGUUCGUCAGCGACUGUGAAGCUCAGAGAUUCUUCACAUGCUACAGUGCUGCAGGUGAACAUCACAUCCUGGAGAAGCAGUCGAUGACCUGGUCGGAUGCUCGGACGUUCUGUCGCUCCACGUACUCGGACCUGAGCAGCAUCACGACUCAGCAGGAGAACCAGGACGUUUCCAGGCUCCUGCUGAACGACUCUGUCCCGAUGGCCUGGAUCGGUUUGUACAGACCCUUCUGGAAGUGGUCUGAUCAGAGCAGUGCCCCCUACAGGCAGUGGGCGGAUAAGCAGCCUGAAAAGGGUAAAGACUGUGUGAUGAUGGAGGUAAAGUCAUCAUCAGCUGAUUGGUUCAGUCGAUCCUGCAACGAUAAGACUGACAACUUCCUGUGUCACUCAGACAUCAGAGCCUCGGUGCGGAGGUCGGUGAAGGUUCGUCUGAGCUCAGGAUCCGCUGACCUGAACGACCCAGCGCUACAAGACGCCAUCCUGAGGCAGAUGAAGGAGAAGCUGAAGGAACGAGGGAUCAAUGAGGAGGUGAAGCUCAGAUGGAGGGACAAUGUCUUCCACAGAGAGGAGGAGGAGAGAGCGCCUCCUGGCGACUGUGAGGAGUAAUGUGUUUAGACUCAGGUUAUUAUUUGUUUCUUUGUGUGUGCAUUUUCUUGAUAAAAUUGACAUUACAUUACAUUUAAUUUAGCUGACGCUUUUAUCCAAAGCGACUCACAAUAAGUGCAUCAACCACGAGGAACAAACCAGAACAACAGGAAUCAGGAAGGAACACUUCUUCAGAAAGAGGUGAAAACAUGACACACAGACACAACUCACAGACAAACAUAAACAGGAUAAACAUGAGUCAACAGGCGGGAAUAAUAAUUAAACCGAAAACGCUUCUUCAAAAAGAGGUGGAAACUAAACACUGACAAAUACAAAACCAUGAUAAUAAUCUUGCGUGGAGAUAUUGGAUAGGAUAAACAGCGCCAUCUGGUGUGGAGAAGAUAUACCUGCAGUGAGAGGUGAGCUGUUGAGUUAUACACUUCUAUUUUGUGGUAUUUACUUCAAUGACAUUACGAUACAUUACAUUACAUUACAUGGGCCCAAUGCCACUAUACGAUCACUAGACCACCAUGUGUAUUUAGUUUCAUUCCAUGUUAUUAUUGAGCUCAGAGAUAUGGAGGAGGGCCUGUAAUAUGAUCCUCCUGCUCUUGUUUUACAUAACAAACAACUUGACCUGCUGAGACUUGUGAAAUAAAGAGAUUUGAGAAUAA